AUGAGCGGUCCAGUGCGGAAUCACUCGCGCCGGCUGCGCGCUACUGCGCUCGCCUCGCCCUACGCGAAGAAAGCCGCCACCGCCCAGCCAAAGUCGUCUGGCUGGUCCAUCGGUGGGAUUCUGAGCGCUUUGAACCCGUUUAAGCGGGCGCAGAGUAAUGAGACGGAUGAGGACGAUUAUGAGGCUCAGCAGCGAGGGGAGGAGGAAGAGUAUGAGGAGGACGAGAGGCCGUAUACGCCUCCGCCGCCGGCUGCGGCGCUCAGCAUGCGCGGGCGCGAGAUGGCCGGCGAGACGCCUUCGCGGCCGAUCGACAUUGACGCGCUCUCAGAGGCGGCUUCUCCGGGCGCCCAGAGUAAUAAUGCGGAAGUCGUCGCGCGGUAUUUGGCCGAGAGCAAGGGACGCUCGUUGGCUGAACAGGAGAUACAUACGCUUGUCUCGCUUUUGCGAUCACCUACUCACGACCAACCACAACCACCGCGCAAACUCGCACUCUCACCCGCGCCCUCUCCCUCCGCCCUGCGCGCCGCGGCUCCCCUCCCAUUCUCAUUCGCCACCCCGCCCUCCCCCGCACCCGCCAACCCCUUCGACUUUUCCUCCAUCUCCCAAACCCAAACCCAAUCCCAACAGGAACAAAAGCCGAAACGGACGAUCCCGCGCGACCCCAACGCGCCCAUCUACAAGUUCACGGGCGCGGGCUCGGCGAAGCAGAACGGCGCUGCGAGGCCCAGGACGCGGUAUGUGAGUCCUGCAUUCGGGAGUCCCGCGAGAAGUAGGGCGCAAGGGGCGGGUAUUGCGCUCAGUCCGCCGCCGGUGCAGAAGGGCGAUGCGAAGAGGCGCAAGCUGGAGGAGCGCAGCGCGAACGCCGGUCCUGCGUCCCCGGCAAAGUCCGCCAGCCCCGCGAAGGAGAAGGAAAAGGCGAAGGAGGACGAGCCGCAGAUGCCCGCGACGCCCCGCCCGCGUCACGCGGUGGCCGUCGUGCGCGCCGGGAUGGGCGCGCCGGCUGUGCCGAGUCCGCUGAGGAACGGAUGGCACGCGAGUCCGGAUAGUUCGCCUGGGUCGCCGACGUCUGCGAAGAAGCCUGCAACGAUCACGAACGGGAAUGGGAAUGGGAUAUCCGGAUUGGGCAUGAGCAACGGGUUGAUGACGCCGAACAAGCCGACGCGCGCUUCGUCCUCUGUCAAUGGCAAUGGCAACCGAUCGCCGAUGUCGAUGUCGAUGUCGCCCGCCCGAUCUCUCAGCGGCGACGACAAGGAGAAGCCGAGAAGUACACCGACGAAAGCCGCCGCCACGCUCUCGGCUUUAAUCGCAGAGACGGCGCCGCCGCCGCCGCCGCGCCCGGAAGUCGCGAACCCGUAUCAGGCGGCGCUGCCGGCGCGGGUGCAGACGAAGAGGCCGGCGAGGAAGAGGAAGGUUGAGGAUAUUUCCAAGGCGAAAUCUGCGGAGGAGGGAGAGAAGAAGGAUGAUGAUGGGAAGGGUGGGGAGAAAGGCACGAAGGAAGAGGAGAUCGGGCUGGACAGGAUUAUCGAAGCGACGGCGCCCAAAGGCUCCAAACGCGCGCGUCCGCCGCCCGAUCUCGCCGCCGCACCCAAGCCUUCAUCCAUCAACGAACCGCGCCGUAGCGCCCGGUUGAAGUCACCCGAACCUUCCGUCCCGGCGGCCAAACAGACGUACCGCUCGCUGUUCGAGGACAAGGAGAAGCCCAAGCCGAAUGGGAAGCCGGUUGUGGAGGAGGUUAUGGAUGAGGAGGAGGAGGACGAGAUUGUGGAGAUGAGUCCGCCGAAGAAGGCGAAGACGACGUCGAGUUCGGCUUUCGGCGCUUCGCCGAGUCCCUUCGGUGCCGCUACGGGCGCUACCGCUGCGACUUCAUUCGGCACUGCACCUUCCGGACCGCCCAAGUCCGGCGGCUUCGGCGGACUAGGCAACGGUCUGCCCUCUUCGAAACCGACGUCGACGUCGACGUUCUUCGCGCCUACAUCUCAAGACCACAUCGUCGUGGAAGAAGUCUCUGCUCCCCCGUCGCUUUCGUCUGCGCCGGGUCUGGUGGCGAAGCCGACGGAGGUGAUCGAGCCUGAGGAUGCGACGGGCAAGAAGGAGAGCGGAGCGGGCAAGGGCAAGCCGCCGGCCUUCGCGCCGAGGGCGCCGAGUAAGCUUAGGUUUGCAACUGUUGCGGAUGAGGAGAGGGAGGCCGAGGAGAAGGAAAAGGAGAAGGAGAAGUUGACUGCUGCGCCGCCCCCGCCGUUGUUCGACGCGAAGUUAUUCGCGAGCACUGUGGCGUCUGCCGCCGCCGCCGCUUCUUCGACCACUUCCACUUCCACCCCAUCUUCAGGCCAUGCAGCCGCCGCAAAGCAGAAAGACCCGAAAGCGGCCGCGCUGGCUAUGGCCGUUCCGGAUACGUACCUCCCGGCGUUCACGUUCCACGUCGUAUCCGCGCCCGGUCCUAUCACUCCCUCCACGAGCGGAUCUAUGGAUGUCGACCGCCCUGAGCUGGCGAAGGAUGAGAAGGCGAAGGAGGCGGCGAGGAGGGUUGGGAAGGAGACGCUGCCGUUGUUCAGCUUUAACGCCAGUUUACCGGCGAGUUCGCCGGGUGCUGGGCCGAGCAAGCUCUCCUCAACUUCCUCAAGCGGUGGAGGUGGAGGUGGGGGGUUCAACUGGGCUGCGGCGGGGAUAAAAGCGCCCGCGAAAGAUGUUGGGGGGUGGACGUGCGGGACGUGUAUGGUGCCUAACAAAGCUGGCGCGGGGAAGUGCGUUUCUUGCGAGGAGCCUGCGCCCAAGUCCGCCUCCUCUUCUUCCGCGGCUGGCACGAAUGGUGCGAGUGCUGGGGGAGGAGGAUUCAACUGGGCCGCCGCGGGCAUGAAAGCUCCCGCGAAGGAUGUUGGGGGGUGGACGUGCGGGACGUGUAUGGUGCCCAACAAGUCCGACGCGGCGAAGUGCGUCUCUUGUGAGGAGCCGGCACCCAAGUCCACCUCUUCCACCUCCUCUACGAGUGGUGGAGGCUUCAACUGGGCCGCCGCGGGCAUGAAAGCGCCCGCGAAGGACGUGGGCGGGUGGACGUGUGGCGUUUGUAUGGUUCCGAAUAAGGCGGGGGCGGGGAAGUGCGUUGCUUGUGAUUCUGAUCGCGCUUGA